AUUCUACGAUUAGACGAAGAAAAAUUAGUGCGUAGAAAUUUAUAAAAUAUAUAUGGUUUUAAUAUAAAAUUUGUAGUUUUUGUGUAUUUUAUUUAUAUAAAUAUCGUCAUCCAAAACGACAACUCAGUUUUUCACUUCGACUACUAACCUUUUCAAAUUUCAUAUCAUGGAAUCAGUUGAGUCUAGCUAUCCAAGAACAAUGGAAGAAGUGCAAGAAAGCUUAAAAUUAGCUCUCAUUAAAGAAUCUGAUUUGCAAAAGGUAACCCAAAUUUUAUAUUCCACAAAAGAGCCUAAUGUGGAGGAGCACAUAAAACUGUUAGAACUUGAUGAUCAUUUACUAGAAACAGUAAACAAAGGAGAUAGUUUAACAUUUCAGGGUACUGAAGAAGAUCUUGUAGUAUUAUGCACAAAACAUCGAACGUAUGAUAUUAAAGAAGCAGGAACAUCUAAUUCCUAUUUGUUAGUACCAAAAUUAAGUUUAUCUGAACAGUCAAAUGUAGAUACAAACCGAACAAUAGAAGCUCAUAAUAUUUCUGGGAUUUUUCAUACAUAUUAUGAGGUAAAAGAGUGCAGACCUAAAUUGGAAAAAUUACUUAAUGUACUUGAGCCUACAUCUUUUAAAGGAAUAGAAUAUGAAUCGUCAAUAUCUCAUGAACUUUUAUACGAUUGGCACAGAUUAAAAAAUGAAAUACAAGCCAGUGAAGCUGAAUUAAUUCAGGCUUUAAACGAUUAUUUAAUAACCAAUAUUGAUGGUUACUUUCGUCUUAUAUCAUUUGAAUUUGAGGCUCGAAGUUUAACACUUAUGUUAGAUCUUUUCGAGGAAAAUAGUUGGGAAAUAGAUGAAGUAGAUAAAGAAAUUACAUAUGAAUUUUUAAAAGAACUUAUUUACAAACCUGUUUUUAAUAUUUUAUUUACAAAAUAUACAGAAAUAAGUGAAAAAUCAAAGAAGGAUGGAACACCAUUAUAUAGAUAUAAUGAAGAGAAAUGUUGUAAAACUUUAGCAAAAGUAUUAUUUGUUGCUUCUCCAAUAACUGAAUACAAACAGUUCAUGAAAUCAUGGAAUAUUGGUACACCUGAAAAAAUAGAACCAAAAGAGGAAUAUUUAUAUGGAAUUGCACUUAUUAGAUGGAAUAACCUAAUGGAAAAAGUAAUAGUCUCUUUUCCAGAAACUGAUUUACCAAUUGAUGUUGAUGAAAGAUUUAACAAACUUUUUAAAGCAAAAAAGAAAUGGACAGUUCAAGAAAUAACACCCUAUAUAAUAAAUUUAACAACAAAUAAAAUGAACGUUAACGCUCUUCUAACUAAAUAUGCUAGAUCUUCAAUUAUUAAUGGUAUUAAGUAUUACAGCUCAAAAUAUGAUAAAUAGUUGAUUAAAAUUAUUCAUUCUGUUGAAAUCAUUCUUAUUGUUUAUUAUUUUACUUAUGGUCAUAAUACAUAGUUACAUUUACACAAUUUUAUAAAUAUUUUUUAAAUAUUACAUACUGCGUUUAUUCUUAAUCUUUAUCACCUAACUGAUAACAGUAACAGGAUCAAUGAUAGAAUAUUUUUGUUCCAAUAUCUAUUUUUUUCUUUUUUGUAAAUUAUAUUUUCAAGAACAAUUAUCCAUACUAACAAUUAUAAAUAAUUUAUCUAUUUAUUAUUUCAUUACAAAUUUCGAAACCUUGUAUAAUGUAACUGUAAGAGAAUUUUAGCUGUAAAGCUAAAAUAAAUUAGGCUUUUAUUUUCAAGUUGACUUAUGUACAAAUAAUUGAAUAAAUUUAACAAAAAAGAA